AUGAGCGACCAGGCUGUGGACAAACCGCAAAAUGACACCGCUUCUAAACCCGAAGCAACAGGAAUGAGCAAAAGUGCCAAGAAAAGAGCGAACAAAAAGCAAAAAAAGCUAUCAGAGAGUGAAAAAACAAACACAGAGUCAGAACGGCCAGUCGAGGUCACACAACCAGGAACGGACAAGAAAAAGGACAAAGCUGAAGUGAAGAAGCCAGAGAAGAGCAAUGACGCCGUUGAUAAACUUGUGCCACUGAUUCAAAGGUUCGAUGUGAAUGGUAAGCCGUUGAGGACGAUCGCUGGAAACAUUCCGGUACAUCUUGGAGAAAUCACGCCGCAUAAUAUUCUGCAACUCAAAAAGCUCAACGAAGCCGUUUUCCCCAUCGCCUACAACGACAAAUUCUACGUCGAAGCGCGUACGUGCGGAGACCUUGGCCGCCUCGCUUACUACAACGAUGUCGUCGUGGGGGCCGUCUGCUGUCGUAUCGAUGAUAUCUCGGAUGAGAAGUCGCUGUACUUAAUGACACUGGGAACCCUGGCCGCGUAUCGACAGUACAAAAUCAUGAGUAGAAAGAUAUCAUAUCGAGGAAAAAGUUUUCAGGUGAACAAUGAGAAAGCUGUGUCGUUCUAUGAAAAACAUGGAUUCGUAAAUGAUGGAAUAAUUGAAGACUACUACCGUAUUAGUCCCAGAGAUGCCUAUUUGCUCAUCAAACGUAUCCGCAACUAG